GAGUUACUCCUUGGGGAUGGGCGGAGUUUGGAGUCUGACUCUGAGGGCGAGGGGCGAGGUUACUCCAAUAGGCUUGGCUUGGAUGGCGAUCGGCCGGGCGGACGUACACCCGGGCAGGGCGAGUCGUCAGGUUACUACGUUUCCGUUCGGCAUGCCAAGUACUCCUUUCGAGGCUGCUCGAACUCGCCUCAAGCUCGUAUGACGAGGUCCAUGCGCUAUUGGGAUUCCACUCUGGCUGAUCCUGCGCCUGUGCUGCCCGACUUCUGUCGAAACGCGCUACAUUCGUGCAAUUCGACGUUCUUGUGGGGCGGCGGCGGUCCUUGUGCACGCUCUGUGACAACACCGGUACACUGGCUUCCUUCUGCCUUCUGUGUAUCUCUGUCGCCUUUUAGCCGGAACAGGCCGCGACUGUUUCUUGAACCGAAGGUGUAUGGGCAUGCGCUGCUCGCUUUCGGUGCGGGUACGGGUGCGGUUCGAGCUCCCACUCAGGCUAAUGCUCUGUCCACGCGCUCUUAGGAUUGUGUUGUGCAUUCGUCAGCUUCC